ACGGGACGUGCCGAGGUGCUGCCGAGCGCUGUGCCCUCUGGCCCCAGUGCCAUGCUGCGCCGCAAGCCCUCCAACGCCGGGGACAAGGAGCCAGGACACAGGAAGCUUUCCCUCCAGCGCUCCAGCAGCUUCAAGGACUUUGCCAAGUCCAAGGUCAGCUCCCCCGUGCCGAGCGAGAAGGAGUUCAACCUGGAGGAGAAUAUUCCUGAGAAUGAUCCCAGUAGUGCCAGCCCUGAGGAUGCCCCGCGGAGCAGUGGGACGAAGCUGGGCAGGAAGUGGCGGGCGGUCAUCUCCCGCACCAUGAACCGCAAGAUGGGCAGGAUGGCCGUGAAGGCACUGGCCGAGGGGAAGCAGGGAGAGGUGGAGGAGGAGGGGUCCCCGUGCCCGCUGUCCCCAGACGGCAGCACAGAGGAGCAGAGCCACGACAAGGUGCCCCUGUCGUACCUGGAGCUGGAGGAGGAGGAGGACGGGCGCCCAUCCCUCAGCCGCCAGAUGUCCAGCGGCAGCGACAUUCCCAGCCCUGGUGGUCCCCGGGACAGCCUGCAGCUGGAGGAGACUGUCCCAGCCUACGCCGGCCCCUUCUGCGGCCGGGCCCGCGUCCACACCGACUUCACCCCCAGCCCCUACGACAAGGACUCGCUGAAGCUGCGGAAAGGGGACAUCAUUGGCAUCAUUGAGAAGCCGCCUGUGGGCACCUGGACUGGGCUGCUCAACAACAGGGUGGGCUCCUUCAAGUUCAUCUACGUGGAUGUGAUCCCUGAGGAGACAGUCCCUGCCCGCAGGAGCCGGGGCUCCAGCCGGAGCAAGCGCCUCAAGCCCAAGACCCUCCAUGAGCUGCUGGAGCGCAUCAACCUGCAGGAACACAUCCCCACCCUCCUGCUGAAUGGGUACCAGACCCUGGAGGACUUCAAGGAGCUGAAGGAGACCCACCUGAAUGAGCUGCACAUCACAGACCCCCAGCACCGCGCCAAGCUGCUGACAGCUGCCGAGCUCCUCCUGGACUACGACACAGCCAGUGAGCCGGAGGAUGGUGACAGCUCUGAAGCCCUGCCAUCACCCUCGGAGCCCAAAGGGGACAUUCCCCGGGACUCAGGCUGCUUCGAGGGAUCGGAGACCCUGGAUGGCAGCCGGGAGGAGGCUGAACUGGGGGGGUCCUGAGGAGCAGCUGGGGGCUCUCUCCAUGGCACAGUCCCCCUGAGCCCACUGGCACUGCUGCUUCCCACUCUGGCCCUGGCAGCAGGGACAGACCAGAGGGGACAGCUGCUGGCAGGGGACAGAGGAGCCCCAGCGGUGUGACCUCAGGGCCCAGCUUGGCCCCGGCACCACGGGCAGGUGCUGUACCCCCAGGACAUUUUGCAUGGUGCUGCCUGGCACUGCUGCCCCAAUGUGGGGGCUCUGGGCACCCCAGGGCACUGUGCUCCGGGCAUGCGCUGCUGCUCCUGGAUUUGCCAGGAAGCUUGAGGGAGCUGGGGACAGGAGCCAUGCCUGCAGGCAAAUGAAGUCUUCACUGUCACUGCUCAGCACGGGCACAUAGAGACCCCUCCUCACUCGCCAUGGGGGGCAGCAGGAUGCAAAUAAUGCAGCUAAGACACUGGAAGUGUGAGAUGGAGAGGCUGGAAAGGCACAAGGAAGGGGGAAGAGGCAGCUGGCUUGGGGCAGCACAGACACGCAGGGGCUACAGCUCAGCCAUUU